AUCCCUCUUUGACUCUCUCUCUGCAGGAAGCUCAUGCCAUGCAGGAGAAAAUAUCGGCUCAGUACAAGAAUGAGAUUGACAUGGCGAAGGCUCAAAGGGACUAUGAGCUGAAGAAGGCAGCCUAUGACAUUGAAGUCAACACUAAGAGGGCUGAAUCAGAGAUGGCCUACCAGCUGCAGGUAGCGAAGACGAAGCAGUCUAUUGAGAGUGAGAAGAUGCAAGUGCAGGUGGUUGAGCGGGCGCAGCAGAUCAUGCUGCAGGAGCAGGAGAUCACCCGCAAGGAGAAAGAGCUGGAGGCCAAGGUGAAGAAACCUGCAGAGGCUGAGCGGUACCGGCUGGAGAAGCUGGCUGAGGCUGAGCGGUGAGUUAUGGGUUCAUUUUCACCUCCUGAAC